AAAUCCCACAUCCUCUUUGGAUCCGGAGCCUCGCGCGGGACUUUCGCAAACUCCACCCACAUAUUCCGAAAACCCUCAAUCCUCACAAUGGCGACUGCUUUGGACCAUCUCCAGCUCGGCGGCAAGAUCGAAUGGCUGGCUCAGCUUGACACGGCUUACCAGCCGGAGCGCAAUUUGCGCCGGACGUCCAUCAUCUGCACCAUUGGCCCAAAAACCAACUCGGUUGAGGCCAUUAACAAGCUUCGUGAAGCUGGCUUGAACGUGGUGCGCAUGAACUUCUCCCACGGCAGCUACGAAUAUCACCAGUCUGUCAUCAACAAUGCUCGCCAAGCCGAGAAGGUUCAGAAGGGCCGCCAGAUCGCCAUUGCCCUGGACACGAAGGGACCGGAGAUCCGGACAGGUAACACCAAGGACGAUGCCGACAUCCCGCUCGCGGCCGGCACUGUCAUGAACUUCACGACUGACGAGAAAUAUGCGACGUGCUGUGACACUGAGAACAUGUACGUCGACUACAAGAACAUCACCAAGGUGAUUGAGCCGGGGCGGAUCAUCUACGUAGACGACGGCGUCCUGGCGUUCGAUGUGCUCGAAAUUGUCGACGAGAAGACCAUCAAAGUUCGAGCGCGGAACAACGGGUUCAUCUCGUCCCGUAAGGGUGUGAAUCUGCCCAAUACCGAUGUCGAUCUGCCGGCUCUCUCAGAGAAGGAUAAGAACGACCUUCGGUUUGGUGUCGAGAACAAUGUCGACAUGAUCUUCGCGUCCUUCAUCCGGAGGGGUCAGGACAUCAGGGACAUCCGCGAGGUUCUCGGCGAGGAGGGUCGCCACAUUCAAAUCAUCGCCAAGAUCGAGAACCGCCAAGGUCUCAACAACUUCCCUGAGAUUCUGGCCGAGACCGAUGGUGUGAUGGUCGCACGCGGUGACCUGGGUAUUGAGAUCCCUGCCGCCGAGGUGUUUGCGGCCCAGAAGAAGAUCAUUGCCAUGUGCAACAUAGCUGGCAAGCCCGUCAUCUGCGCGACGCAGAUGCUGGAGUCCAUGAUCAAGAACCCGAGGCCCACCAGGGCCGAGAUCAGCGACGUCGGCAACGCCGUUACUGACGGCGCCGACUGCGUCAUGCUUUCGGGCGAGACGGCCAAGGGCAACUACCCAUGUGAGGCGGUCCGCGAGAUGAGCGAGGCCUGCCUGAAGGCCGAGAACUCGAUCCCCUAUGUCAGCCACUUCGAGGAACUGUGCACCCUCGUUAAGCGGCCCGUGUCGAUCGUUGAGUCGUGCGCCAUGGCUGCUGUCCGCGCUUCUCUGGAUCUCAACGCCUCGGCCAUCUUCGUGCUCUCCACGUCUGGCGAGUCGGCCCGCUUCAUCUCCAAGUACCGGCCCGUGUGCCCCAUCAUUAUGAUAACCCGCAACCCAUCUUCUUCGCGGUACGCCCAUCUGUACCGUGGCGUUUAUCCGUUCCUCUUCCCUGAGGCCAAGCCCGACUUUUCCAAGGUCAACUGGCAGGAAGAUGUUGACCGGCGCAUCAAGUGGGGGGUUAAGAACGCUAUCGAGCUGGGCAUCCUCAAUGAGGGCGAGACCGUGGUCGUUGUACAGGGCUGGAAGGGCGGUAUGGGUAACACGAACACGCUGCGGAUCGUCAAGGCUGAUCUCGAGCACCUUGGAAUUGGCCAGCAGGCUUGAUUUCCUGACUCGUUCCUUGAUGAGCUCUGGAAUUUCCCGGACGGUAGCUAUUCCUCGGAAGAAGGGCCUAGAGUUGGGACUUGCAAUAGAUCUGUUUGACUGGCAUAGCAUAUAACUGUUUGCAGUGCACGUCCAGUCGACCAAUACUUUCGCAGUGCGUGGCAACCACUAAAGACAGUGUGUUGCAGUGUGUGUCGCAACUACCAAUUGCAGGGCAUCGCGACUAUCAAUUUUACACUGCACCAAGUUGGUUUGGCUAACGGCUGGGUAGGGUAAUUGGAAAGCAAGCUAACCUUAGUGAGGUGCUGCUACUACAAAUAACAUUCAAAGCAGUGCAGUUGGGGUCAUCGCAUAUGAUGGUUUGAAGAUGAGUUUUCCAA